AUGGGAGCAUGGGCUAUGGUGUGUGGAGUCUCAUUGAUUUGGGUGCUGGACCUAGGUCAUCAGAGCCUGGUUGAGGAGCCUAGCUGUGGCCCUGGCAGCUUCCAGCGUGGGACUGGCAACAACACACGGUGUUGCAAUCGGUGUGCUCCAGACAAGGAGACCUGUCCUGAAGGAGACUGUAUAUGUGUCAUGCCGGAGUACCACUGUGAAGACCCUCAGUGCAAGACCUGCAAGCACCACCCUUGCCAACCAGGCCAGAAGGUGCAGCCUCAUGGGAAUAUUAAGUUUGGCUUCGAGUGUGUUGACUGUGCAAUGGGCACCUUCUCCGCAGGCCGUGAGGGCCGCUGCAGACCUUGGGCCGACUGUACCCAGUUUGGAUUUCUCACCAUAUUCCCUGGGAACAAGACCCACAAUGCUGUGUGCAUCCCGGAACCACUGCCCACUGAGCGACAUGGUCAUUUGGCUAUCAUCCUUCUGGCCACGGCUGCUUGCAUUCUCUUCUUAACCACAGUCCAGCUCUGCCUGCACAUAUGGCAGCUGAGGAGGCAGCACAUGUAUCCCCGAGAGACCCAGCCACUCUUGGAGGUGCAGCUUCCACCAGCUGAGGAUGCUUACAGCUUUCAGUUCCCCGAGGAGGAGCGUGGGGAGCAAACGGAGGAAAAGAAUCGUCUGGGAGACCGGUGGCCAUGAGGGCUCUUCUUCCUCUGUACUCCAAGCCAGACCCUCUAAGACUUGCCCAGACCUACCCUUGGUGAGAGCAAGGGCUCAGCUGUGCAUCCUUCCCUGGGCCUGGCCCUGCUCCCCUCGAUGGUGGAAGUGGGUGUAAGAUGUUGAUGGUGGUGAAGAGAGUAGUGACUCCACUUGGGUCCUGUGGCUGCCUUCCUCUUUUGUCAGCUCUGUUGGAGUGGGGUCUUUAGGCUCUCCAAGAGAGCACUGAGUGUU